AUGAGUCUUUUCUUGUGGUAUUCAAUACUUAAAACUAAGACAAUAACAUCAGAAUUUUUGAAUUUGAAGGCAGUCUUUUGUAAUGUAUGUUACGUCAGCUUUAACUAUGCAAGAAGACUUUUUUUAAACCUUCUAAUAAUUCUUUAAAAUGUGGAUGCUACUGAACAAUUAACAAUUUGCAAACUCCAGUAAUCUCCUUCAACCUCGCCAGCAGCAUUUCAAACUACUUGUUUAAUGUAUAAAAUAUUUCAUACAUAAGUUUAAGGAUCCUAUUAAUAUUUUUAGUAGCACACCAUCUUAGUUUUGAACUUAACAUUUAAUUGUUUAAUUCUUCAAUGAAGUUAAAGAAAGAUCAAUACUUCCAACAGAAUCGGUAUUAAUAACAUCCUGUUUUAAAAAUAAUUAAAUAAUACAUAUUUUUAAUCAUCAGCUGA